GAAACGACGUUGACGUGAGGCUUCAAGAUGGCGGAAGCCUUGACGAGUCAGGAGGAACUGGCGGUGGAGGAGUUCCUGAGUGAGGUGCGUAGCAGGGAACAUCCCCACAGUGCUGCUCUGGUCUCUCAGCCGACCGCCGUCAAGUUCCUCAUGGCGCGCAAGUUUGAUGUCUCCCGAGCAACAGACCUCUUCCAGGCAUACAAGAACACGAGGAUUAAGGAGGGCAUCUUCAACAUUAACCCAGAAGAGGAACCUCUCCGUUCUGAACUGCUCAGCGGAAAGUUCACCGUCCUGCCUGGUCGUGAUGCUAAGGGUGCUGCUCUGGCUCUGUUCACCGCUCGUCUCCACCGCUCUGACGUCACUACCCAUAGGGCUGUGCUGCAGGCCAUCAUCUUUCAGCUGGACAAAGCCAUCGAGAGUGUUGACACCCAGAGAGAUGGUUUAAUAUUCAUCUAUGACAUGACCAACUCCAGCUAUGGGAACUUUGACUAUGAGCUCUGUGUCAAGAUCCUCGACCUCCUCAAGGGUGCGUUCCCAGCGCGUCUGAAGUGUGUGUUCAUCGUGUCGUCUCCUCUCUGGUUCAGAGCUCCCUUCGCCGUCCUCAGACUCUUCGUACGUGAGAAGCUGAGAGAGAGGGUGUGUACAGUGAAGGCCCACGAGCUGUCCAAUUACAUCCCAGUCUCUUCUCUUCCGGAACACCUGGACGGAACCUCCCGGUACAGCCACGUUGCCUGGAUACAGUCCUGCGUCAACACACACACCGCCCCAGGCGACGCGCACACACACCCGCACGACACACACGACUGCGUGGGCAGCCUGUUGCUCUCGUACAGCCUGGAGCCACACAACGCUAACGCCGCCGCUACGUUGGCCGCUACGCAAACCUCCAUAGACUCCCACUCAGAUUCGCCGCUGCUGUUAGCCUCCGAGCUAGCGUUAGCGGCUACCGCUAACUCCAACUGCUACGACGACAGUAAUGCUAACCCACACGUCCACUGUGGUACAGUGAACGGCAGGACUCAAGGCCGGGCCCAGAACAGCCCCCAGAGCUCUGGACCACAGAGGAAUCACCAACAUUGGAACGGGUCUGCCCGUAGCUACGGUGUCAAGGCAGGGUUGGGGGUUAAUACCGUUGUUGGGGUUGUUAGCGGCGCUAGCCCCAAUGCUAACAGCGUGAAUGGUCGCCAGCCCCCUCCCCAGUCGGACACGCCCCGGACACACCCCUCCACCACAAACCCACGCCACCCUCAACCCCCGCCGUCCCAGUGCCCCUCACUCAGCGGCGCGUCACAGCCGGACGAGGACCCUUGUCCCCAGGAAGAGGUGUCCGUACACAUGCCUGACGGGGUAGGGAUGAACGUGUUGGAGCUGGUGGAGCACGUGAAGAAGAGGAAGAAGAAAGGAAUCUACCAGGAGUAUGAAGAGAUACGCAAGGAGCCUCCUACUGGUAGCUUUGACUACAGCAAAAAGCUGUCCAAUCAGAUCAAGAACAGGUACAGUGAUGUCCUCUGUCUGGACCAAUCACGUGUCAGACUCUGCCAGCUCUGUGAUGAUGAGGACGAGACGUCAGACUACAUCAAUGCUAGUCUUAUGGACGGCUACAAGAGGAGCAACGCUUAUAUCGCAACUCAGGGUCCUCUGCCGAAGACGUUUGGUGAUUUCUGGCGCAUGGUGUGGGAGCAGAUGGUGCUGAUAGUUGUCAUGACUACCAGGGUGGUAGAGCGAGGGAGAGUAAAGUGUGGUCAGUACUGGCCGAAAGAGGAGGGGACAACGGAGCAGCAUGGACACUUCCUGGUUAGGAACACAUCCAUCCAGCUAUAUCAGGACUUCAGACUGUCUCACCUGGAACUAUACAACAGCCAGGUACACACACACACACACACACACACACACACACACACACGCACAUCCAGCUAUAUCAGGACUUCAGACUGUCUCACCUGGAACUAUACAACAGCCCUCUCUGUCUCUAUCUCUCUUUUACUUUGUCUCUCUCUCUCUAUGUCAAUUCAAUUCAAG